UUCGUGAUGCACUCAAUCGAUGUGAUCUCUGGUAUGAGACUGAGAGUAACUCUGCAGUACUAGUGUUUGAAAUCUGCCAACGCUGACCAACGCCAACCGACCUGUUACAACUAAGCGCCAACACAGCGCCCUCGACUUUUUCUAUUUUUGGCCCCCUUAGAAACAUCACAAUAUGCCUGAAUCUCAACCUCUACACUUAUUUGACCUUCCAGUCGACCUCCUAUCCCUGAUCCUACAGCCACUGCUCACAGCCCCAAAUGGAGGCAUCAUCUCUCUAUGCCCUUGUACCGCCAGCCCAAUCAACCCCAUACCCAUCUUCCUCAUCCAUCCAUCCCUGUACGCUAUUGCUCACCCGAUAUUUUACGGGCCAGCAAACACAUUUGUGUUGGACCUCACAGAGGGCCAUGCCUCCCACGUAAGGCGGUUCAUAGAAAACGCCGCAGAGGAUCUACCUGGCGAUGCGGAAUGGAGCGGCAGGCAACAGACGCAGAACCAUAUCCUGCUACGGCACACGGGUGGCCCGUCCCUCCUCCUAUCGCAAGAGGCGAGGCGUAGAGUGCACCGGCUGGAGAUGAGAAUCGACAAACUAAGAGGGUGGCUGUGGGAUGAACUAGGGUCGUUCUUACAGGAUAUGGCUGUGAGAGGGGAUCUGAGUGACUUGAGCUUGUUGGUGGAUUAUAGCACCGAAACGAAGGAGAGGUCCAAGUCGAUUUCGAGAGCUUUUCUGAGGGAGAAGAAGACGAUGUUUGAGAAGCCGCCGCUGGAAGGACUGGUGAGGCUGUUGGCGGAUCCGAGUAUACGAAUGGCGAGUUUGAGAGUCAAGGGAAGGCAUGAUCGAGCAUGGUGUGACUUUCAUCAAGGAGGAGAUUGCAUAUUGAAGUCCUUUAUGAGAGUCAGAGAUGGCUGUGACGAUGCUACGAAGAAAGAGGACGAGGAGGUGGUGGAGAUUGAUUGGAGGGAGAUUUUGAGAGUGGUUGAUCCGGAGGCGAAGAGGAGGGCUGUUGGAUGGCAUGCGGAAAUGUAGAGUGUCUUGUGGAGGAGAUUGUUGCUGUGGACCUAUAUUGAACGAGCUGGGUCUUAUGAAUUCGACGUCGCACCAAGCUUGCAAGCUAUAUUGCGAGGUAGAAUGGAAUCUCGAUGAUAAUUGUCGAAAAGAAAGGAUUAUUAAAGGAGGAAAGCAUGUGUAAGUUACAAUAGAGUGUGGUUAUAUGGUCCAUAGCAUGUUCUCCUUAUACUGAUAUAAGCGGUCGUUGUAAUUUUUUUCUGAAUGUAUCUUCUAACCCUAAUUCUUUCUCGG